AUGAAGGUUGAAAUAGAAACAGCUUUUAUUUACAAAUCGCUCUGCCAGGUUGAUGCCGAUGUGAUUGAUCGAUUAAACAGUCGUUAUACCACAUUCGCAUUGAUCGGUUGCUUCCUGAUUAUAGCGGCAAAAAUUUAUGUAGGAAAUCCAAUCAAUUGUUGGACACCAACACAAUUCCAGAGUAUCCAUUCUACCUACGUCAAUAGUAUUUGUUGGCUCAAGGGAACUUACUAUUUGCCAACUGAGGAAAUUAAAAUUCCCGAUAGAUCCGUACCACGAAUGUAUCUCGUAUCUUAUUACCAAUGGACGUCACCAGCUCUUGUGCUGAUGGCUCUUCUAUUCACAUUGCCAGGUCAAACAUGGCAAACCUUUUCCUAUCAAAGCGGUUUAGAUGGUUUUGUCAUUCUACGCAUCAUUGGACAGAAUAUCGAUGAACUUUGCAUGAUUCAAACUAUGGGUUAUCUUUGCACACAUUAUGAAGGAGAUCUUGGUGAUGAUGAUGAUAAUGAUCAGGCUAAAACUCAUAUCGUGUAG